AUGGCACUGAUUCCGAGCUUCUUCGGCAACCAACGUAGCAGUAUCAUCGAUCCCUUCUCUCUAGAUGUUUGGGAUCCAUUUAAGGACUUUUCUUCACUCUCCACUCGUUUCCCUCAGGAAACCUCUGUUUUUGUCAAUACCCGCAUAGACUGGAGGGAAACCCCAGAGGCUCACGUGUUCAAGGCCGAUCUUCCUGGGCUCAAGAAAGAAGAAGUGAAGGUGGAGAUCGAAGAUGACAGGGUGCUUCAAAUUAGCGGAGAAAGGAAUGUAGAGAAGGAAGACAAGAACGAGACGUGGCAUCGUGUGGAACGUAGUAGUGGGAAGUUCUCCAGGAGGUUUCAGCUACCGAAGAAUGUGAAGAUGGAUCAAAUUAAGGCUUCUAUGGAGAACGGAGUCCUUACUGUUACUGUUCCCAAGGUUGAGGUUAAGAAACCUGACGUCAAGGCCAUUGAAAUCUCUGGUUAA